GGGGUGGGGGGGUCGGUAACCGUCCGGUUUCGUGGGGCUGCGGGGUCCCUACGCACCGCGACCGGACCGUGCGUGCGUGGCCGGGGUCUCCGGUAGCGGUACGGCGGAGCUCGGGCGCUCCGUGCUCGGCUCCGGUCCGGCAGAAUCGAGCACGCGGAGCCGUUCUGAGCUCCGGGAGCGGGGCUCGGGGCGGGGGGGCAGCGCUGUGCCGGUGCCCCACGGCCCCCUCUGUCCCUGCAGACCGACGAGGCGCUGCGGGCGCUGCUUCAGCGCUUCUACGCUCUGCAGGGAGAGCGCGUGGAGACGUACCGGCUCUUCGAGGAGUGAGUACCGGCAGCGGGGGCCGCCGGGACGGGCCCCCACGGGGAUGGAUUCCCCCGUCCCUCCUUUACGCAUCCGUACGGAACGAGCUGCAGCCGGCGGGGACGCCCGCUCCCACCCCCACGUAGCAGCAGGCAGGGGAUGGUUUCCUUCCCCAGGAGGGCAACGGGAACCACCCCCCCCCCAAAAAAAAAAAAUCACCCCCCGGUGGGAACAGCACUGCGUGGCAUCGCGCUCCCGGUUACGGCGACAGCGACAUUUUUUGGUGCCGUUGUUCUGCUUUCAUUCCCCAGAGGCCACCGCGCGUACCUGAGCAGCGCCCCGCACUACGACUUCCCCCGGUACCGGCAGCUGGUGCACGAGGUCACGGCGGCCUUCAGCGGCAUCUCCCGGGAGGUGCUGCAGCUCCAGGGCCGCCUGCGGGGUGAGCUCGGCCGCCCCGACCUGGCCCAGCACCUCACCCGCCUCCAGGAGCGCGAGCAGGAGAAGCUGCAGCUGACAGCGCAGCUCCAGCUGGCCCGGCAGCGGGCGCAGGAUGAGCCCAGCGUGGACACCCAUCAGCAGGAGGUGCGGGAGCUCAAGCACAGGCUAAUUAAAACCAUCGAGGCAAUCAGCGAAAUUCUCCAAGACCUCAAGUACGAUUCGGAAGAAGCCGAGUGAUGGGCGUCCCCGUGGGAACGGCUGCAGGGGCCGUACAGCAGAGCGCUGCGGGGCCCCCUGCCCCACUCCCACCCCCAGCGAGGUGGGCACCUGCCCCCCCGCCUCGGCCCCAUUCCUUGGGUGGAGAGUCCUCCCACAUCCUGAGCAUCCCUCGGCAGGUGGGUGCACACAGGGCUGGACUUGUGCCCGCGCUCUGCUGAGCACAGUGGGGCUUGGAACCAGUGAACCCCUUGCUCUGAGCCCCCUGGGUGCCAGGGGGGCCCCAUGGGGACAGGCACUGCCAUCGCUGCCCCGGGCCCUGGGGACAUCCACUGCCCCCCAGCCACUGCGGGCUGGCUCUGAGAAUGGGGACAGCACCCAGCACGCACCCUUUGUGGUUACCCCCAAUAAAAACAUCCCCUGA